AUGGCGGCGGCGUCCGAGACCGAGCGGCUGCUGAGCCGCGGCCCCGGCUACGGCACGGCCGGGGCGGCCCCGGCGCCGGUACCGGAGAAGGAGGAAGAGGAGGAGGAGGAGGAAGAGCUGCGGCGCCGCCUCAAGUAUUUCUUCAUGAGCCCCUGUGACAAGUACCGGGCCCGCGGCAGGCGGCCCGUGAAACUCGUGCUGCAGCUCGCCAAGAUCGUCCUUGUCACCGUGCAGCUGAUCCUGUUUGGGCUCAGCAACCAGCUGGUGGUGGCCUUCAAGGAGGACAACACGGUGGCCUUCAAGCACCUGUUCCUCAAGGGCUACGAGGACGGCAGCGAUGACACCCGGGCCAUCUACACCCGCGGGGACCUCGUGGAGCACCUGGCCUUCGUCAUCGAGAAGGUGGCACGGGGACACCGGGUGUUUUUUUGUCCCCCCAGGCUGAUCAAUGUCACCGUGGACUUCCAGCUCAAGGCCAUCAACAUCCAAACGCUGCUGAACCACGAAAUCCCCGACUGCUACACCUUCAGUGUCACCGUCAGUGUCCUCGGUGGUGGCACUGUCCCCGUGUCCCCCCAGAAUUUCUCGGGCUAUGACGUGUGCAGCAUCCUGCUGGGGACAUCCACCCUGCUGGUGUGGGUCGGGGUCAUCCGGUACCUGACCUUCUUCCAGAAAUACAACAUCCUGAUCGUCACCCUGCGCGUGGCCCUGCCCAGCGUGAUGCGUUUCUGCUGCUGCGUGGCCGUCAUUUAUUUGGGUUAUUGCUUCUGCGGCUGGAUCGUGCUGGGCCCCCACCACCCCAAGUUCCGCUCGCUGUCCAUGGUGUCCGAGUGUCUCUUUUCCCUGGUCAAUGGCGAUGACAUGUUUGCCACCUUCGUGGCUCUGCGGCCCAGCGGGGCCCUGGUGUGGCUCUUCAGCCAGGUGUACCUGUACAGCUUCAGCGCCCUCUUCAUCUACAUGGUGCUCAGCCUCUUCAUCGCCCUCAUCACCGGCUCCUACGACACCAUCAAGAACCAGUCCAAAGGGCUGCCGUGCAGGACAACGCUCUGCUGGUGA